GGGAGGUAAACGAGUAUUAUUUGACGACGAGAGCGGAGUGAUUGACGCAAUAUAUUCGGACGUAUUGUUACCAACAGCAUUCUAAUCAAUAAAUUUUGAAAGAUGAAUAGUGAAUACGUAGAAAAUUGUGAUGUUUCGGCUAUAUUUUUCGAUUUAGACAAUACAUUAAUACAGACAAGAAAGGGAGACAGCCGAGCAUGCAAUAAGCUAGUGGAGAUAUUACACCUGCAGUAUGGGGUGCCUAAAGAUGUUGCGACAGAGAGCGCUGCCACAUUCCUGAGGACCUUCAGAGCCCAGCCCGACGAUGAGGCGUAUGAAUUGAAUGAGUGGCCGGCUCACUUGUGGCGCAAUUCGCUGCCGAAGAACUACAGGCAUAUCGCUAAAAAAGUAUCAGAGGAAUGGGUUAAAUUGAGAUUUCAAUAUUUAGCUCUGACGCCUGAAGUUAUACAUCUAUUAGAAACAUUAAGGGAGGAUUAUCUACUCGGUCUGAUCACGAACGGGCCGUCGCGAGCCCAGUGGCAGAAGAUCGAUCGGCUUAACCUGAGGGACUACUUCGACUGCGUCCUGGUCUCCGGAGACCUGCCCUGGGAGAAGCCCGAUCAAAACAUCUUUCUAGAAGCUUGCAAGCUGCUCAACGUCGAGGCUCGCACUUGCAUCAUGGUCGGUGAUAAACUUGAAACAGAUAUUAAGGGUGGGAAAGAAGCAGAGCUAGGUGGCACCGUGUGGAUACCGCUACAGCAAGACGAAAUGGAAUCAGAUCUGCCUGACUUUACUAUAAACAAGGUCACCGAACUCCCAGAGGUGUUGCCAGCUUCACCCAGACUGAAGCGUUCCGCAAACGUCACUAGCGAUUGUUGAUACCAAAGAUUUAAAAUGGGUUUAUGGUUUUAGUUUUUUCAAUUAAUAUUCCUAUUAUUUUAGCUGGGGUUACAUUACGAGUAUGCAGGGACUGGGGAGCUAUCACGAAAAUUUGUGAUAAUCGCCAUCGUAUCGUCAUCGACAAAAUUUGUCUUAAAAAUUUGUGUAUCGUAAAAUACACAAAAAUCUCAUACUUAUUUUGACAUAAAUAAAAUAAAGACGAUUCACAAAUUUUCAUGCUAGGUCCACUGUUCAUAUUACUGACUCUUAGGACGUAGUCUUACGUGUACAGUACGUUUCGAUAAUAGAGCUGCGACAUAUUGUGACGUAUAAAAUAGGUAUUUGGAAACGCAACUGAACUCACUGGACGUUGACAUCCAACCAUAGUACGUGUACUCGUAGAGUGACCAAGCCUUAUAAGAUAAUUUUUUUUUAUUUUAUAGUUUUAUAACUAAACAGAUACA